AUGGCCGGAGCAAUCGACGAUCGGUAUCGACCACCAAAGUGGCAGGAAACUGCUCAGAAUCGGUCGUCUGAAACCCUCUUCGGGAAUAUCGAAGUCUAUGAUCCAAUGUUGGUGGAUGACUACGAGGUAAACGGAAAGGGCCAUGCGACAGACUUGCAUCCAUUUUCUCCAAUUUCGAUGUGA